CGCGGGUGAAGGGUGGCUAAGGUUUGGGCUCGAGCGAAUCCAUUGAGGUAGACGAUUCUCUCUCUAUUUCAAAACUUUUAAACAGAGCAAAACGUUCGUUGACUUGACAACAGAUUCGUUAAUGUCGCAAAGAUGAGUCUUGGGAGGUAAACUAUUACCGAAUGCACUCGAAAUCUGUUGAGUGUUCAAUAGGUGCCAGGUGUGUCCCGCUGAGGAGGACCCAGUGGAGGCAGCAGAGAGUGUCCCUCAGUCAGAGCCAGAGAGGCUGCAUCACCCGACAUUGAACCAGAACCUCAGGAGGAGCCAGAGCCCCAGAGGGCCUCUCCAUCCCCUCGUUCAAGCCCAGAGCCAGAACGAUUCAAGACAGUAGAGCCUGAACCUAAACCAAAGGCCCAGGACGCCAAAGUAGCACCUGAACCGGUGACCCAACAACCACAGAAAGCAGAGGAGGCAGAGGACUGCAAUAAACCUGACACCACUACCAAGGAGGAGGGGAAGACUUUAGACGAGGGCGAUUGUGGUGUCCCAUGAUGGACCUGGCCAAUCCUUUCUCUUCGGAGAAUGCAGUGACCACAAUGUGUGUGUGCCUGCAUUUUGCUUGGGUGCGUUCAUUCAUGCUCUCUCACAGUGCUAUCUGAUGACAGACAAUGUGACUGAAGAAGCUCACGUCAGAGCGUUCAUUUUGGAUGAGUGUUGUCUCGUGCUGCCUGACUGACGGUGUUGUGCUCUCCUCCCAGUCCCUGCCAGCUGCGAUGCAGUAAAGAGCUGUCUCAUGCCUAUUCCCCACACGCCUGCAUGCCUCAACAGCUAACCUGCUGAAAGAGCACAACAUCACCGCUCCUAAACUUCCCCCCAUGCCCCAGCUCCCCACCAACCUCUCCCAGUUCACCUCCCUGGUCACCCAGCUAAUGCCCUCUCUCCCCCCAGAACUCUGCCAAGAGUAUUUCCAGUACACUUGGCCAUUCACCCAAAUGUCCCAGCGUGUCUCCCAACUCCCACAACAGAUCUCUCAACUGCCCCAACAGAUGUCCUAACUGCCCCACCAGCUCCAAGUUCAAAUACCUCAGCAGUUAACUGGUCUUCCCACCAAUCUACUCCAGCAGUUAUUCAGCUUACCCCAAACCCUGGCCAAUCUUCCCAGACAGAUAUACAACUUACCUCAGCGAGUGGGACAGUCCUACACCAACGUGCAGAACCGCCUGAACAGCCUUAAGCCCCAGGAUGCCUAAGCAGCAGCAGCAAAACCGGGACCUGGAGUUGGACCGCCUGGUCCGCCAGGUCCCUCUCCACCACCGCUCUCCGACUCGCACCCCCUCACCGUCCUCCCCCAACAGUACCCUAGAGCUGCCCAACGUGCCCUCCUACCCCCGCCUGCCACCCAUCAGCCUGUCCAGGCAGCUGUCAGGGCUUUUCAACCCCACCUUCCACAUCGAGGACGACCCCACGUCCGCUCUACCCUCAGUGAGCUCCAGGCUCAGUGUGCACCCAGCUGUCAAUGUGGAGGAUGUGGAUUCAGGCGGAGGGGAGCACCACCGCCACCACAUUCCCCAAAUCCUUACCCUACAGGACCCCAACUUCAAGACCCUGACCGUACCCGGAGUGUCCAAAACCAGCCGUCAGAGUAAAGUUGCUGAAAAAGAAAAGAAGUUGUACUCUCAGAGUGAGGAGGAUGAAGAGGAGAUGGAGAUUGCAGUGAGGGCAUGGCCUAGCCAGUCCAGCAUCCUCAGUGGAGAUGAUGGGCUAAAGGAGCGCCCUGCGUCGUCCGCUAGCCAGGCCAGCUACGUGGUGAACGAGCGCCUACAGGAGCUGGUCAAGAUGUUUAAGGAGAGGACAGAAAGGGCCAAAGAGAAACUCAUAGACCCAGAUCACUCUGAUGAUGACAGUCCCACUGCCUCCCCUGCGAGAGCUCCAACACCUCCUCCUGCUCCUCCAGAGGAGCUGAAGGAGGAGGAGAUGGAGGAGCAGCAACCCAAGCCUAGAUUAUGCUGCAAGGUGACGCCUCCUCGCUGGAUCAGAGCUCUGCUGCACUACCGCUUUCCCGCAAGUAUCGACCCCUUCACCAAUCUGGUCUAUGUGCUGUGGCUGUUUUUCGUCACCUUGGCGUGGAACUGGAACAUGUGGCUUAUCCCGGUGCGCUGGGCCUUCCCCUACCAGACCCCCAGUAACAUCUACCUGUGGCUACUCACUGACUAUCUGUGUGACCUCAUCUACAUCCUGGACAUCCUGGUCUUCCAGCCCCGCCUGCAGUUUGUCCGCAGUGGAGACAUAGUGUUUGACAAAAAGGACAUGAGAGUGAAUUACAUGAAAACCUUUCGUUUCAAGAUGGAUGUCAUCAGUCUUGUUCCACUGGAGUUGUUCUAUUUUAAAACUGGGAUCAACCCACUCCUCCGCUUCCCACGACUACUAAAGAUAAUGUCUUUCUUCGAGUUCAACGACCGUCUUGAGGGCAUCCUGACCAAAGCCUACGUUUACAGAGUGAUCCGGACCACCACCUACCUGCUGUACUGCCUGCACUGUAAUGCCUGUCUGUACUACUGGGGCUCUGCGUAUGAAGGUCUGGGCUCCACGCAGUGGGUCUAUGAUGGACAGGGCAACAGUUACAUCCGCUGCUACUACUUUGCUGUGAAGACCCUAAUCACCAUUGGUGGACUGCCAGACCCCACAACGCUCUUUGAAAUCAUCUUUCAGCUCAUCAACUACUUUGUUGGAGUGUUUGCCUUUUCCAUCAUGAUUGGACAGAUGAGAGACGUGGUUGGUGCAGCCACAGCAGGACAGACGUACUACAGAGCAUGCAUGGACAACACUGUCAAAUACAUGGCCUCCUACCGUAUCCCUAAAGAUGUGCAGAACCGGGUUAAAACCUGGUACAACUACACCUGGCAGUCCCAGGGCAUGCUGGAUGAACAGGAGCUUCUGGUCCAGCUCCCAGACAAGAUGAGGCUGGACAUCGCUGUGGAUGUCAACUAUGACAUUGUCAGUAAAGUGUCUCUCUUCCAGGGUUGUGAUAGACAGAUGAUUUUUGACAUGCUGAAGAGACUGAGGUCUGUUGUUUACCUCCCAGGGGACUAUGUCUGCAAAAAGGGUGAAGUUGGACGGGAAAUGUACAUCAUCAAAGCCGGAGAGGUGCAGGUGGUGGGCGGGCCAGACGGGAAGACUGUGUUUGUCACGCUGAGGGCGGGGUCAGUGUUUGGGGAAAUCAGCUUGCUGGCAGUGGGUGGAGGGAACAGGAGAACAGCAAACGUGGUGGCUCAUGGCUUCGCCAACCUGUUCAUCCUGGACAAGAAGGACCUCAAUGAGAUUCUAGUGCAUUACCCCGAGUCCCAGAAGCUGCUCCGCAAGAAGGCCAGGAAGAUGCUCACGAAAGAUAAGAAGCCUCCGAAGGAGCCGGCCCAGGUGAUCCCUCCUCGAACGGUCACGCCCAAGCUAUUCAAAGCUGCUCUGGAUGUGGCGCAUCAGAAAACAGGCCUCAAAGGGACCCUCGCCAAGAUUAAGGAGAAGAUCAACAAAUCCAGCGUUUCUCUACAGCCCUCCAUGUCCUCCUCCCUGCCUCCCUUGUCCCCAGUCUCUCCAGUCUUCAGUCUGGACCCAGAGCGCGAGGCUAACGCCAUGUCACCAACCUUAGACAGCUCUACGCUGCUCUGCCCCGUCUCCCAUUGUCACGGAGAUGAGACACUCUCCAAGGAGCAGGGCCAAGUGGAGGGAGAAGUUGCAGGAGAGAGUGGAAAGAAGAAAGAAAAGAGAAAGGCAUGAGUUGUCUCCAAAAGCUUUAAAAGCUGUCUUCAUGUGGAGAAAUGGAUGCACUUUUUUGUCCCUCUGUACUCUACUGCAGAGAGGGAGACCAGAGAGAGAAGAGCCAUGGUUCCCAAAGAUCAUCCAAUUGUCUCAUUAGUCACAGACUCACAGUUUCUGUUCCUUUAUACCCAUAUACUCUUCUUUUAGCUAACUCUUUGAUACUUGUGAAGUACACUGAGUAUACCAAAUUUGGAACACCUUCCUAAUAUUGAGUUCAACCCCCCCUUUUGCCCUCAGAACAGACUCAGUUUCUCAUGGCAUGGACUCUACAAGGUGUCGAAAGCAUUC